UGUACACGUCUGUCAAGCAAACAUCUCACCGAGCUGCUCCGUCGCAUAGUAAAAAUGGCUUUCAAAGUUGCUGCCAUUGCUGUCCUGCUGACCAUUGUCGCGAUCAAUGCUGCUCCCCAGCUUGACCAGCUGCCCAGCGGCAUGACCACACCAGAAAUCGGUGAGAUCCAAGCGCCGGUCGGUGGAAACCAGACGAACCCGGGUGAGUUGCCAAACAACCUGAACACGACCGUACCCUCGAACCCGGCCGAAGGUGUUGGUGGUGCGGAAAAUGCUACCAUGCCGUCGAACAUUGGCGGAGGUAUCCCGAACCAGCUGGGCAACCGGAUCGCUAACCGCAUUAACCGACCAAACAACCAUUAAUAGAUUGGAAACUUUUUUUUAAU